ACUUCUGGACUCCAUCACUGCCCAUUCUUCAGAAACACUCAGCAUCUCAACAGAACACACCGGGACUAGACAUCUUCUUCCCUCUCGUUUUACCUUUUGCAGGCGCGGUGCUGCAAGCCCAUUAUGCACCUUUACCUCACGAACAAUCCACGGACGCUCCUGCUCGUCACCGCAUCGCAAGAGGAAAUCAUAGGAAGGCCUCGACGCGCUCUCGUAUUCCGCGCGAAGCCAGACGAUCCAACACAGGCUAUCGUCGAAUUCUUACCCAAGGAUCAAGUCGACCUUAGCAAUGCUGUACGGCUCACGACGCGCGGCGUCAAGGGCUGCCUCGGGCUCAUAUCCAUCGAGAACGAUCUCUUCCUCUCUGUUGUGACGAGCGCGACCGAGAUCGGUAACACGCGCCCAUCUGCCUCCUCGCCUGAAUCAGUCGCGCGUAUACACGAAGUCCGCUUUUAUAGCCUCAUUUCCUCCGCAUGGGACGACCAGCCUCUCAACUCCGAUCAACUACCCGACCCUGACAUCGAGCGAUACUCGCAGCAGAAUGCGGCGGUCUUUCAGCACCCAUGUCUUCCACUGACCAAGAUCCUGUCGUCUGGCUCGUUCUACUACGCUCAUGAUACCCACUGGGACCUCUCUUCGCGCUUGUACAAACGACUAGCUCGCGGUCGUGAUCCAUCUCUAAACGACAUGUCCAACUUCGACGAGCGCUUUGUCUGGAACGAGUAUAUCAUACGCAGCCUGCUUGACUUUAGAGACCGGCUGGAUGCUCAGGAGCGAGAUGAGUUUGAUCAGUGUCAAUUCAUAAUCCUCGCCAUCCAAGGCUAUGUAGGCGCCUUUACGAUGGCGUUGCCUGCUCCCCCUACGAAUGGCGCCCCUACUAUAGCUACCUUGUCCUUGAUCUCGCGGCUGAGCUGGAAACGUGCCGGCACCCGUUUCAACACGCGCGGCGUCGACGACGACGGCAACUGCGCGAACUUCGUCGAGACGGAAGUCAUCUUCUCUACGGAUCAGCACUGUGUUAGCUACGUACAAGUCCGCGGCAGCGUACCGCUCUUCUGGGAACAGCAAGGGCUCCAGACGUUCGGCCAGCGCAUCCAGAUCACGCGCCCGAAUGCGAGCCAGCCGGCGUUCGAUCGGCAUAUUCAGCAGCUGGUUGAGGAGUAUAACGGGACGGUGCAUGCGAUUAAUUUGCUGGGAACGAAGGAGAAUGAGGCGAUUUUGACGGCGGCGUAUGUUCGACACGUCCAAGCUGCGCGUAAUGGCCUGGGCGAUGUUCUUCGUAUCACCAACUACGACUUCCACAAUGCGGUAAGGAUAGGCGGACACGACAGUGUUGUUCGUGAUCUACGUCGACUAGAAAGCAUCACGGACGAUGUCGAUGGCUUCGGCUUCACGAUGUGCGACGCGAGCCUGGACGAAAUCGUCACCGAGCAGAAGGGCAUCUUCCGCACCAACUGCCUCGAUUGCCUCGACCGCACGAACUUUGUUCAGGACAUCAUGUCGCGGACAACUUUAGAGCAAUACCUGAAGCUCGUACGUCGCGAGUGGUGCUACGCCAACUCGCUAUGGUCCUACCAUCGCGAGCUGUGGGCGGAGAAUGGAGAUGCGCUGUCGAAGAUAUAUGCUGGCACGGGUGCGCUAAAUACGAGCUUCACGCGAAGUGGGAAGCGGACACUGGCUGGCGUGCUAUCGGAUGCGACGAAGAGCGUGUCGCGCGCGUACAUUAACAACUUCCAGGACAAGGCGAAGCAGGUCGCUAUAGACAUGUUCCUGGGCAACAUGAGCCACCAGAAGCAGGUUGUCAUAUUCGAUCCCAUCCACGACUCCGUGCGCGCCGCUUUGGAGGCAAGGCUGCCUGAGUAUUCUUCCACAAGACAUUGCACCAUCUUCGCUGGUACAUGGAACGUCAAUGGACGUCCUCCUUCGGAGUCGUUGCUACCGUGGCUGUUCCCAAGACCAAACUUUGAGGAGCCGGAUAUCUUUGCAAUCGGGUUCCAAGAGAUUGUUCCCCUCACCGCGCAACAGAUUCUGCAGACAGAUCCUGAUAAGAGGCGCGUCUGGGAAGCAAGUUUGCUUGAGGCGCUCGAUCGCAGACCCAAUAAGAAGAGCAACUACGUCCUUUUGAGGUCAGAACAGCUUGUUGGCACUGCGCUCCUAGUCCUCGUCAAGGCAGAGCUCACUGCGAUAAUACGUGGCGUGGAGGCAGCGACCCGCAAAACCGGUCUUCGUGGGAUGUCAGGCAAUAAGGGCGCCGUAGCCAUACGCCUUGCAUACCACGACACCGACUUCUGCUUCGUGACUGCACAUCUAGCAGCUGGGCAUUCGAAUGUCGAGGAGCGGAAUGCGGACUACCACACUAUUACCAGCGGUUUGCACUUCCAGAAGGGCAAAAAUAUUGGAAGCCAUCAGAACAUCGUCUGGCUCGCGGACACCAACUAUCGCAUCGAUCUGGACAACGAGACCGUGCGCUCGUUUGCAGAGCAUGACGACUACGACGCACUGCUUGCAGGAGAUCAGCUCAAGCAAAUGAUGGACGAGAACCAAGUCUUCGCCGGCUACCAAGAAGGCCCUCUCCUCUUCCGCCCUACAUAUCGUUACGACCUCGGCACCGACACCUACGACACAAGCGAGAAGAUGCGCAUCCCUGCGUGGACGGAUCGUAUCUUGUACAGGGGUGACGCGCUAAACCUCCAGGCCUACUCGCGUGCCGAACUGAGGGGGUCGGAUCACAAGCCUGUAUACGCCGUCUUCGGCGCAGACGUGCGCAUCAUCGACCCAGUGAAGCGAGCGGCGCUCUCGCAGCUCUUGCUGCAAAGCGUCACCAGCACGGCUCCUGGGGAGAAGCUCGAUGAGAAGCUGGCGAAGCUCGUGUUGCCGUCGGACAUUGCACACGAUCUACCACCACCAAGCACUGACGAUUCGGCAUGGUGGAAUACGCCAGACUGCCCCCACGGCAUCAUCCCCCUCUCCGACUUCCCGCCACCCAUCGAUACCGACAACGCCCAAUCGCGAGCCAACCCCUUCGAGUCCGAGAACUCUUCGCUGUCCGAGUCGCCCUCGACGUCGGAUGAGGAGUUGUACACGAACGCGAUGUCGCUGCCAACGCCGAUGGCGCCGUCACCUGCGCCUGCACGGAGGCCAGCACCACCGCCGCCGGUGAGGAAUGCAGCAGCAGCAUAG